AUGUUCAUCGGUACAGAUCCACUAGUGUGGAUGCACAGCCGCAUUGGUCAUCAGGGUUCUCUCCCUUCAAAACGUUCCUUUCCGUUUCAAAAGCAUAUAUUUGCCUACACCUUCAAUCAUCAGAGCUGCUUAUCACUUUGUGGUUAUUCACUUGCUCAUUUCAGAUCGCCCCGCGUAUCACUAAAUAUAUCAAAACUCAAUUCUGCCGGCUAUAAAAUCGAUUCGGGCACUGCAACAUUGGCCACAGCCUCAAAAAUUCAUAAUGCGUCGGCAAGUCUUUCAAAACCAGAGGAAGUUUUCGUUUCCUCCUUGGCUAAGCCUUCACGGGGAUCCUUGAAUCUCCUUCGACACUUGGAGGCUGCCCAUGAAUCCGGUUCGGAGCCUUCGGAUAUUGCUCGUAAACCCUCCAUUGUACCUGUUCCUCUGCCUAAACCGAAAUCGGAUGAGACUUUUGCCACGUUUUUCAAAGGUGCAAAAGAGAAGUUACCAACCGAACCGAAACCCCAACUGGCUAGGAGUCUCCAGACUACUGGUCCUUCUAUUUCCAAGAACUUCAUUGACUUGGGUCCUGUAUCGAUCCCCUCCAAGGCACCUACUUCGAGGCAAUCACUACCGCCUAUCCGAUCACCACUCGACGCUGCCCGACGACGAGCUGUGAGUUUGGUUAAAUCUAGAGGUGGUAUUGAAGGUGUUCUGCAGGCCGACAGAGAGAAGACACGUAAGAGGAUUUCUGAGGCUGUUGAAAAAUCAUUUGCAAAAAGAGCUCGGAUUUGUCCACUUGACCAAACUCCCGGCUCCUCAUCAGUCUCUAAAGAAAACCUGAACCCAGCGUCUCAAAUGACUCCCGAGACAUCUCACAAAGCUGCGUCUUUAGAUGAUCAAAUCAAGAGGAAGCGAGAAGAGCUUGCCAAAUUAGUUAGUCAGGGGUCGAGACAUCACGAGUUAGUAGUUGCUAACGAAAACAAUGCAACUAACUUGAUGCUUUCUCGACUUGAAGCUCGUGAUCAAAUCGAGGAGAAAUUACUCAACCAACACGAACAAGAAUGCCAAAUCGUUACUUGCUUAGAUUGCCAAUGUCAGUCCAUGCGUGUUGGGAAGAAUUGUCGAAAGGAGGGUCACAAGUUGGAGUUUUCAACGGGUAUUCGACGAUUCUUUGCUUGCCGAAACUGCAAGACUCGAACAGUGACUCUGCAUCGAUAUCCUAACUUGGAGUGCAAAAACUGUGGUGGAUCGUUGUUUGAAAAAGCUGGUGCGAUCGCCGAGCGGAAGGGUCCAAAACUGGCCGGUGAGAAAUUGGUCAUCCGUGGAAUCGAAGAAAAAUUUCUCUCUUGA